GAGGCGGGGCGAGAGCCCGGAGGGGGCUUAGGAUUGCGGAAGUUUUGUGAGAAGGGUCGGGCGGCUCUUGGAGCGCCGUUCGUUUUUGGAAGUUCCAGAGAGGAACCUGCUGCUCGGGUCCGAGAGCCACCGGCCUGCACACGUUUGGGGGCAACACCCGGCGCGAUUCGACGUUGCCGCUGUUGGCUUCCUCUGCCCUCGUUCCUCCCCAGAGAAUCGCCUCGGAUCUCCGCCAUGACAUCCACCUCGUCCAACCUCCAGAAAGAGAGAGCACGAGCAGGAGGGGCAGAGGGAGAGAGAGAAUCCCAAGCAGACUCCGCUGAGCGUGGGGCACAACGCAGGGCCCAGUCCCAUGACCCUGAGAUCAUGAGCCGAGCCAAAAGCAAGAGUCGGAUGCCCGACCGACUGCACCACCCUGUCACCUCACCACUUAUUGAAGAGACUGUCCUUUUCUCUUUGGAUAUCCUUGGCUCCUGUGUGAAAGCAAUAGAUCUUGCUGGCAAAGCAGCCCAGGAAGACAAAGCUGGGAACUAUGAGGAAGCUCUUCAACUCUACCAACACGCUGUUCAGUAUUUUCUUCAUAUAGUUAAAUAUGAAGCGCAGGGUGAUAAAGCCAAGCAAAGUAUCAGGGCAAAGUGUACAGAAUAUCUUGAUAGAGCAGAAAAACUAAAGGAGUACCUGAAAAAGAAAGAGAAAAAUCCACAGAAGCCAGUGAAAGAGGGACAGCCAAGUCCAGCUGACGAGAAGGGGAAUGACAGUGAUGGGGAAGGAGAAUCUGAUGAUCCUGAAAAAAAGAAACUACAGAAUCAACUUCAAGGUGCCAUUGUUAUAGAGCGACCAAAUGUGAAAUGGAGUGAUGUUGCUGGUCUCGAAGGAGCUAAAGAAGCACUUAAAGAGGCUGUGAUAUUGCCUAUUAAAUUCCCUCAUCUUUUUACAGGCAAGAGAACGCCUUGGAGAGGAAUUCUGUUAUUUGGGCCGCCUGGAACAGGAAAGUCCUAUUUAGCCAAAGCUGUAGCAACAGAAGCAAACAACUCCACGUUUUUCUCAAUAUCUUCCUCUGACCUUGUCUCAAAGUGGCUAGGUGAAAGUGAAAAGCUAGUUAAGAACUUAUUCCAACUUGCUAGAGAGAAUAAACCUUCCAUUAUCUUCAUUGAUGAAAUUGAUUCUCUCUGCGGCUCAAGGAGUGAAAAUGAAAGCGAGGCUGCCCGUAGAAUUAAGACGGAGUUCCUAGUUCAAAUGCAAGGCGUUGGUAUAGACAAUGAUGGAAUUUUGGUUCUGGGAGCUACAAAUAUACCCUGGGUUCUGGAUUCUGCCAUUAGAAGAAGAUUUGAGAAACGAAUUUAUAUUCCUUUGCCUGAGGCCCAUGCCCGAGCAGCGAUGUUUAAACUGCACUUGGGGACCACUCAGAACAGUCUCACAGAAACAGACUUCCGAGAACUUGGGAAGAAAACAGACGGUUAUUCGGGGGCAGACAUAAGUGUCAUUGUGCGUGAUGCGCUUAUGCAACCUGUUAGAAAAGUGCAGUCAGCUACUCAUUUUAAAAAGGUGCGAGGACCCUCACGAGAUGAUCCCAACAAAAUAAUAGAUGACCUGCUAACACCCUGUUCUCCCGGUGACCCUGGUGCCAUUGAAAUGACAUGGAUGGAGGUUCCUGGGGAUAAACUUUUGGAGCCAGUUGUUUGCAUGUCGGAUAUGUUACGGUCACUAUCUAACACAAAACCCACAGUCAACGAACAUGACUUGUUGAAAUUAAAGAAGUUUACAGAAGAUUUUGGCCAAGAAGGCUAAACCAAAGACAACGAGGAAGACAUUUACCAUGUGUGUUCUUUAUUUCGUAGGUCCUUUUGCCUUUCUUGGAUGGCAUUCAGAUUAUUUCCAGUAAAACUCUUUUACCACAGGGAAAUACAGAUCUCACUCCAGAGUUCCUUUAAUUUUAUAUGUAUUUUUGCUCCAUUACCAGUUAAAUGCUCCUGUUAACAAAAAUUAUAAAAUAAUGGAUAAUAAGGAAAUGAGUGUUAUAUGAAUGGCAAAAAAUAGGAAUUACCCAGUUAGGAAGAGGAUGAACAUUGAUUGAGAUACCAAUAUUUAGAAUUGGUGGUAUUUGCAAAGAGCAUUUCUUUUUUUCUUUUUCUUUUUUUUUCUUUUUUACCAAAAUGAAAUAGGGCUUACUUUAUAUUUUGAAAAACAGUUCUUAAGCAUAAUUCUCAUCAAUGUAAAAUUUAUUUACUUUAUUAAAAAAUUUUAAAUAAUAGAAUAUUCUCAGGGAUGGGCAAUAAAACAGCAAAGAGCACUGUGAUUGGGCUUGAAAGAUUCUGAAUUGUGUUCUAGCCAAGUCUCAUUGAUUUUUGAUAGGCUAACAUUUUUCUUUGUGUAGAUAUCAGUAAUUUUCUUUAAAAGCAGCAAACUUCUAUAUUUAAUUAAAUAAUACCUUUCACUGUGCAGUCUCAAAAGAAAGACUUUCUAAAUUGGUAUUGUCUUCAUCUUGAAGAAGAAAAUUGUCUAUUUCAGUAUCUUUUUGUAGGAAGAUUGACCAAAACAGAUGGCAAAUAAAUACAUACUUUUUAAAUAAUUCUGUCAUGAAAUACUAUAAUGGGAACUUUUGCUAAAAGGAAUGGCCUCCCUUUGAAUUAUGGGAAGUUUCUUGUGGGGGUGUGUGUGUACAUAUAUAUAUAUAUAUAAUUUUUUUUUUUUUUUUAAAUAUAGGCUACCAAGGGUCUUGUCUUUUACCUUUUAAGUCCAGGGAACAGUUUGUCCUUGCCACACAUAUGUUAUCAAGUGUAACGCUUGUGAAGCUUUAGAAAUGAGCUAAUGUCUCCUUAAAUAAUAAAAUACAAACAUGAUUAUGUUAUUUUAAUAUCUCCAAAUAAAUCUGAAGGUGUAUGUUACACACUUUAGCAUCAACACUAAGUUGUGCCUUGUGCGUUUGCAUUGGUUAUAUAUGCAAAAGGAUGAUUAAGUUAGCUGGAAUGAGGUUGGUUCCUUAAUGACUAUAAAAUUCUUCCUUGCAAAUACUAUAGAAUAACUUGCAUUUUAAAGUAUAUUUGCACAUUUUAUGUAUAAUGCUCUGUCGUUGCCUUUGGAUUUUCUGUACGGAUUGUUUUUGUUGAUACUAAAUGGAAAUCAUAGGCCUGAAAUACGCUGUUCUUAUGUGAAGUAAAUUGAUAUAACCUACUAUUGG